GCGGGGAGGGCGAGCGGCGUGGCGUCGGCGACCCGUCCGAGACGCGCUCGGUGUGUAGCAGCCGCAGCAGCAGCAGCGGCGGUGGCGACCAGCGCGCCGGCCACCAGCACCAGCACCACCAGCCCAUCUGCAAGAUCUGCUUCCAGGGCCCUGAGCAGGGGGAGCUGUUGAACCCCUGCCGAUGUGAUGGGUCGGUUCGAUAUACACAUCAGCUGUGCCUGCUGAAGUGGAUCAGUGAGAGGGGGUCCUGGACCUGUGAGCUCUGCUGCUAUAGAUACCAUGUCAUAGCCAUUAAAAUGAAACAACCUUGCCAGUGGCAAAGCAUUUCUAUAACACUGGUUGAGAAAGUUCAGAUGAUUGCUGUAAUCCUAGGAUCCCUGUUCUUAAUAGCGAGUGUGACCUGGCUCCUCUGGUCAGCCUUCAGCCCCUAUGCAGUGUGGCAGAGGAAGGACAUCCUUUUUCAGAUCUGCUAUGGAAUGUAUGGUUUUAUGGAUCUAGUGUGCAUAGGUCUCAUUGUCCACGAAGGAGCUGCAGUUUACAGAGUGUUUAAGCGCUGGCGGGCUGUUAACUUACACUGGGAUGUAUUAAAUUAUGACAAAGCCACAGACAUCGAAGAAAGCAGUCGGGGUGAGUCUUCCACAAGCAGGACUUUGUGGCUGCCGUUGACGGCCCUGCGGAACAGGAACUUGGUCCACCCAACGCAGCUGACCUCCCCACGGUUUCAGUGCGGCUACGUGUUGUUGCACCUGUUCAAUCGGAUGAGGCCCCACGAAGAUCUGUCGGAAGAUAACAGCUCAGGCGAGGUGGUGAUGAGAGUGACGUCGGUGUGACGGAAGCACGUGACGGUGCGGCGUGGACCAUCCUGCGUAUCGUGGAAUGUAAUUGCAAUGAAUGGCAAAACCAUAACACUUCUAAAAACACACACAUCUAUGAACUUUUUAAAAUUUAUGCUUUUUAUAUGAACAUUUGAAUUGCAAAUACAUUUUUCUGA